AUGGCCUCUACCACCAACGGCAAGGAGAGCUCCUCCAGCUCUUACAACGCCGUUGACUUCGAACGGUUCACCGUCAGCGCUCAGGAGAAGCUUGCCGCAAACCUCAUGUAUCGGCAAUUCGAGACUGGCCAAAGUAAUGCCAUUGAGCGCCUGGUAGCGUUGAAAGCCGACCUUCGCGAUACCGGUGAUGAUACAUUUUGGAGGGACCUCAUGAAGGAACUGACGAGUAUAUGUAAUGCUCAGUGUGGUUUUGUGGUAGAGGAGUUACCUGAUGGUAGCACCGAGGAUGCAACAGAUCAGCCGGCCUCUCACCUUGCCCCCAUCAUCUACUACAAUAACGGCUCAGACGAGAUCAUACAUCGGAACUACAAACCAUGGUCUUGGGACCUCCCUCACAACAUCGUGGCUAGAGAUAUUCAUAAAUCCUUCCUCGUGGCAGAUGACCUCGUUUCGAUUGUUGGAGAGUCUGGCAUGGCUCGCUUCCCUUUUCCUAUGGCAGCUUGCCUGGCAGUCCCGCUGUUUGACGCCCGCAUCCCUGUCGCCCGUCCAACACUCAAGCUCUAUGCGCGUAGUAUGUCGCAUGAGCUGCGCACGCCCAUGCAUGGCGUUGUUGGUAUGCUGGAUAUGAUGCACGGUACGGUUGCCGAUACUAUUCAGAGAGCAUCAGAUGGGGACAGAGAUUUGACUGCAGGCGUGGUCAAGACAUUUGAGAAUUCUGCUCGUCGUGCCAUCGAGGCCGCAGACAAUAUCGUCCACGCCUAUGAUCUUAACAUGCAAGUUCCUGAUACCCUCGAAAACUCCCUUACCGACGAACCCCCUUGCAUUUCACGCCAAUUUUCCAUUAAUCCUUCGAAUGAGUUACGGCCCAUAUUCGGUGCAGGAAUCGACAUCUCUGUCAAUCGUAAACGACCUCAUGCCGCUGACUCUUCUCGUGGAUCUUCCCCUAACCGCCCACCACCCCGGUCUGUUAAAUCUCCCCGCCGCGAGCGGUCGCGGACUGCAGAAGUCAGGAGCGUUGUAGAGGAGAGUGACAAGAUCGUGCAUUCAACACCAGCUACGGGAGAUAUCCAGGACGCUUUCAUAGACGCUGUAGCCCCUCCAGAUAGUGAUGGCGAUAGCCCUGAUGAGCAUAGGGAUGAGUAUACGGAUCAACCAUCACGUCCUCGCAAACACACCCGGUCUUUAUCCAGAGUAACCCGUCCUGUCUCCGUCUUCCCGCCUAUGGUUCUGCAUUAUACCAAGAUCAGAGAGCUGCUUCAUCUAGUGAUUAAUGAGUCUUUGCAUGUCGGUGGCCGCCCCGACUCCACCACUACGAUACCUACCGACACUGGCGAACGAAUAGUAAUCCGCUCCCGUUCUUCCAAUGGCACCGCAUCAACCAAGCAGAUUUCCUGGUCUGUUGACCACUGCGUCCCUGAGACACUAUACGUAGACGAAAAAGACCUUGCCAAACUUGUUUCUUGCGUUUUUCUGAACGCCCUUAAAUUCACUGAAUCAGGGACCAUAAACAUCACAGUCAGGCUUAACCAUACCGCUCGAUAUGUGGUUAUCAAUGUCACAGAUACGGGUACAGGUAUUCCAGAAGGGUUCCUACCAAAUUUAUUCAAAGCUUUUGCACGGGAGGAUGGAUCGACUACUCGCAGCAAAGAAGGGCUUGGGCUAGGCCUUUUGGUCGCCAAGGGGCUGUCAAGAAAACUCGGUGGUGACCUGAUAUGCGUCCGCUCGUCAACAUCUGGUGAGCUCCAGGGAUCGGAGUUUGAAAUUCGCUUGCCCAUGGUACCAAACGAUGUGCUUAGUAGGCCGAGUACGCCCAAAGCCUAUGCUCAUACAUGUACCAAUACUGGCGGAGAAACCAACGAUGAUAAAAGGCAGGGACAACUGGAAAACCAGACAUGCCAGGCCGAGCAUCGAGAAGCCGCAACGACGUCAACAGAGAUAUCCACAUCAGCUCCAUUUCGGCCUGCUACCCCCGAUCCACAAAUACAAGCACAAACCCAAACCGUUGAUGUAGUCCAGUCUCCCAUACACCGUCCGCCUCUUCCAGUCUCGUUAUCCGCCCCUAUCAUUCCAACCCCAAUGCCAACCAUUUCUUCACCUUACCCUCGCAGUCCAUACCUCAAUGGCCGCCAAACCCUCGCCGAACGCCACCCACUCACCUUUAUGGUUGCAGAGGACAACCUGAUCAAUCGAAAAAUUCUAGUCACAAUGCUUGAGAAACUAGGCUACAAAGACGUCUAUCAGGCAUUUGAUGGCCGCGAUGCUGUAAGGGUAGUAAAGGAAGUACUAGAGGGUAACGCAUCGCGGUAUGCUGUCGGUAGCACUCCUGACGCCUCACCAAGAACCAUCUCUCUUCCACCCUCAGCGAUCCCCCAGCCCCAACCCCAGUCCCAGCUCCAAUCCACAUCCCCUUCGCCUUCUCAAUCCCCUCCACCGUCCCCAUCCCAUUGCCAAUUCUCAACUUCCCCUUCACGAUCUCCUUCUCCAGCCCUUUCUACCGAAUCUAAAUUUAUCGAUGUAAUUCUCAUGGACUUAUGGAUGCCUGACAUGGAUGGCUACGAAGCCACAGAACGGAUAUUCUCUCUCGUCUCUUCAUACCGCGAGCGAAUGGUAAAGUACAAUCCUGCCAACGUCCCUCCCCCGGGCCCUACAGUUCUCGCCGUCAGCGCCGACGUUACCGACGAAGCGCUACGACGAGCUACGAAGGUUGGCAUGGAAGGGUACAUGACAAAACCAUACAAGCUGCGAGACUUGGAGAAAUUGUUGAUCGAGUUUUGUGCGCGACAGGGUAGGUGGAGGAUAUAA